AUGCUCAAGUCCCCGUCUGCUCUCACGCCCUGUCUGCCUGUCCUCCCACCCGACUCGCCGUUCCAGCUCGUCGUCGACCCGGACAAGGGCGUCAAGGCUGUCGCGUCGAGGAUGGUCAAGGCAGGCGAGCUGAUCCUCACCGAAGCGCCCCUCUUCAUCCUCGACGACGACCUGUCCGAGCCGACCGUGGCAGCCGUCGUCUCCGCCCUCUCUCCCGACGAACAAACCGUCUUCUACGCUCUCGCCAACAGCCUGCCAGAAGUCGGACCGCAUCGUGGGCGUGUCGAGACGAAUGCGUUUGCUUGCGAGCCGAUACCAGCAGGCGUCGAGCUGUGCAUCUCGUACGGCACGCUACUCAAGCCGCGGAUCCAGCGCCAGGCUCUCCUUCAGAAAAAGUAUCGCUUCGUCUGCGCCUGUCCAGCCUGCUCCCUUCCGCCCGCCCAUUCGCUCCAAUCCGACCUCCGACGAUGUACGAUCGGGCACAUCGGUACAGCCCUCUCGUCACUCAAGCACGACCCCGUCGCGCUGAUCGAGUUGGCGAAGCAAGGACUGGCGCUGCUCGAAGCCGAGGGACUCGCAAUUGGGCGCUCGAGGCUAGCACAUCGAGCGUACCGUGCUGCAGUCGUCGCGGGGGACAGGGAGGCGAGUGUAGCAUGGGCCGGGAAGUUCCUCGAGUUCAACGCAAGGGAGGAAGGCAUCGAGGCGAGCGAGUACAGAAGGGUUCAGGCCGCGGUGGACCAGUUGGAGCGGGAUCGCGAAUUCCGCAGGACUGUGGCGUCGGAGCUGCCACUGCCAUGA